AACGUCAUGGGUCACGUGACAACGGGGACUAUUUUUGUCGAGACAUUGAUGAAGUUGGAGAAUAAGAAAAAAUCAGGUCGGAUGUAAACGCAGUUCAAAGGUUUCUUAACUGGAUUAUGCCACAAGUCUGACAAUAAGAAACAAUAACGAACAGUUCCCAAGAGCUCCAAGACAUAUCAUUUCACUGAAGUACACGUGAGGGAUUUCAAGAUGAUGUCACUGAAAGGAAAGACGAUGGACCUACCCCGUGUGCCGCUGGGCACGUUCAUGACGGAGAUGUGCGAUCAACAUGGGACUAAAGUAGCCUUGGUGGACGCCACAACCGGUCGCACUAUGUCCUACGAACAGGUCGCCUCAACAGUACGUCGUCUGGCCCGCGGGCUGCGCAAUCUCGGAUUCAAGAAGGGCGACGUUCUCUGUAUCUUUAGCCAUAACGUCAUGGAGUAUCCCAUCGUCUUCUACGCAGUUGCCUCCCUUGGCGGGGUUUUACAUGCCACUAACCCAACUUACAAUGCAACCGAACUCAAGGACACAAUUGAGAUCUGCAAGAGUAAAUUCGUGGUGACCUUCCCAGCCUCGCUUCCAACAGUGAGGGCAGCUGCUGGUAAUGUCCUGAAGAAGAUUAUUGUAUUUGGAAAGGCUGAAGGAUGCACAAGUUUCUCCUCGCUUAUCUCCCCUGAUAUCUCUGACGAGCCAAUCAAUGACCCUGACAUUGACCCGGAAAAUGACGUCGUUGCCAUUUUGUUUUCGAGCGGAACGACGGGAAAGCCGAAAGGGGUUCAGUUGACACACUAUGCCAUGGUUUCGAAUGUAUUACAGGUUCUGUCUUCAGGUGAGCUGACAAAAAAUGACACCUACUUGGUAUUCCUACCAUUCUUCCACAUCUACGGGCUGGGUCCUGUCAUCUCAGCCGGCCUGUACAGCGGCGCUAGGAGCGUCAUCAUGUCCAAGUUUGACAUCCAUGAGUACCUCAACAACAUACAGAAGUAUAAGGCAACGGUGCUGCACGUGGUUCCGCCAGUCCUGGUAGUCAUGACCAAUCUCCCAAGCAUCUCACAGUAUGACCUGAGCUUUGUGCAAAAAAUCUUCUGCGGAGCUGCCCCUUUGAGCACAGAUAUCGAGGCCAAGAUACUGGUGAUGUUUCAUUUGACCUACAUAACACAAGUGUACGGGAUGACGGAGGUGCAGGUGACGCAUCUCUCACACGGAGGAAAACACAAGUUUGGGUCAGCUGGGUAUGUCCUGCCCUGUGCCGAGUGUAAGAUAGUGGACGUGGCAACAGGAAAGCCCGUCCCCGCCAAUGUCGACGGCGAGGUUUGUCUGAGAAGCCCAUCUGCGAUGAAGGGUUACAAGUUUAACCCUGGAGCUACAGCCGCCAUGUUUGAUGAGGACGGCUGGGUCAAAACAGGUGACAUUGGCCACAUGGACGAUGAGGGAAUUCUGUACAUUGUGGAUCGUCUGAAAGAACUCAUCAAGUACAAGGGGUUCCAGGUGGCGCCUGCGGAGCUGGAAAACGUUCUGCUGAGUCAUCCCGCUGUGGCGGACGUUGGUGUAGUCGGCGUCCCGGAUGGAGAAGCGGGAGAGUUGCCGAAAGCGUUUAUUGUCACGAAGCCAGGAUCGGAAGUGACUGGACAAGAGCUUCAAGACUAUGUUAAAAGUAAUGUCUCUGUGACGAAACGAUUGCGUGGGGGAGUGACGUUCCUCUCGAAGAUACCCAAGAGCCCUAGUGGGAAGAUCCUCAGGAGGUUACUCAGGCAGAUGGACUGAGACAUUAUUCCUUAUCCUAGUGCACUGAAACCUAGUUAACUGGAAGUUCUGGCUUCCGCAAAACGGUCUUAGCGAACGACUGCAGUAAGCCACUGUUAAGAUGUUACGGUAAAGUUACGACCGUCUUGGGGCUAAGAUCGUUUUGCAAACAGGAUCAUGGGAUGUGAGAAUCACUGGAAUCAGCCGUACUUGUAAAAAUCAUAAAAAUUGGAGUGCUGAUAUGAGUUUUAAUGUACAGCAGGUAUGGGUUGUAUGUAAAUAAUGUUUAUCCUAUUUUGCAUAUCUACAACAUUUAUUCAUAUUCAGUUGGAUACUAAGGGAUCGUUUGGAAGUACCAUGCCUAUACAAUCAGGGAUAUUUCUUUUACUGUUACAACGCGCUUUUCAAUUAUGUUAACUUCUUAUACCGAGGAUUGAUAUAGGAUUGUUGGUGGACCAAAACGUUUUCUACGUCCAUUAUCUAGGAAGGCAUUUCCAUCGCAUCUAACGCCAGAUCGCUCUGGCUGUGCAAACAUAAAAAAAGUCUCUCUAACAACAAAAGCCUUGGGGAUAUUCUUUAUAUUCCUUGAUUUUUCUCUUGAAAUAAAACAUGUUGGUGUUA